UGUUGCAAUAGUUUGCAAUUUGGUAUUUCCAAAUGCUUUCACAAUCGUAUGGGAGCAUCCAUGUUGUCUUCUUGAAAUCACAUCGAGGCUCUCUGAAACCGAGGUUGGGGAAUUCCCUUGGAAAACCCCUCAAAAUUUGAAGUUACUCCAGCCAAGAUUAGUUGUAAUGGGCGACACAAACCCAAGCGGUGGUAUCACAUUGACCAUAAGACUGAUCAGAUCCUUCGAACAUCGCAACAUAAAGCAUCUUGUCUGUCACAAUAUAGACACAAGCAGCACCAUUGAGGAACUAAUGGAAUUGAUAAAUAAAGAUCUGAAGACUAAGCCUGGGCUGCCACCACCUUUUAGAACAUUUACAUUUGAUACUUUGAAGAUAGAACACAAGGCUCAUGGUGCAAAGACCAGUGAUCCAAUAAUCAACAGAGACAAUGAUGAAAUGAUCUUAAAGAAGGGCAGUACUAUUGUAGAGUCUGGGAUAGAAAAUGAGACAGAACUGUCCUAUUUCAAGUUGGAGGAUUAUGAGAGAUACAAACAAAACCCUGAAGUUAUAUGGAAGCAAUGACAAUGCAAAGAUUAAUAAAAUGGAUGAUGUGCAAAAAGAUUAUGUGCUCUACAAUAACAUAUAUUGUUUAACCCAUGGAUGGAAUACAAUGACAAAGAUUAUGUGCUCAACAAACAAUAACAAAGAUUGUUUGCCCCAUUGUGGAAUAU